GCGCUCUGCGUGUUGCAGGUGGACGUGCAGCUGCGCAUCCUCUCGUACCUGUCGCCGCGGGACCUCUGCCGCCUGGGCAGCACCGGCUGCUACUGGCGCGCGGCCGUGCGCGACCCGCUGCUCUGGCGGCGGCUGCUGCGCCGCGACCUGCCCGCGUGGGCCUCGGUGGACUGGAGGUCGCUGCCCGAGGCGCAGCUGCUGGCGCCGCUGCCCGCGCCCGGCGCCGCGCACUGCGACUACAUGGCGGCAUACAAAAAAAGCUGCCCUCAGAGUAGAAGAAGUCUGAAAUCAAACCGUCCCCGGUACGGGCCUGUGGCAUCUUUCUUGCAGUCACUGGUCACUCAGGCAGAACCUCGCUUUGCUAUGUUUGGGCCAGGUUUGGAAGAGCUGGAUGACUCCUUAGUGCAGAAGAUGAUGACUUGCCCAGAAAUUCUGCUAGUGGCCGGCCUGCCUCAAAGGCGAAUUCAUGGGAUUGGAUCAGGAGUCAGUUUUCAGUUCAAUAACAAUCAAAAAUUCAACAUUCUAACAUUGUAUUCAACCACCAGUGUGGAAAGGAGGAGAGCAAGGACAGAACAAGCUGUUAUUGUGAAUAAGAUGUUCUACCAAGACAGCACUACAGCGGGGAGUCAGCAAGCUGGGCACUACAGUGUAAUAGCUCAAGUGAAAAAGGUGUGCGAAGUAGUUGAUGGAUUCAUCUAUGUUGCUAAUGCAGAAGCUCAUAAAAAGCAUGACCGUGAAGAAGAACUGGCCCAUAUUUUGGCAAUGACUGAUCCUGCGCUUGGGCCUCGAAACAGACCUCUGCUGGUUUUGUCUUGCAUCUCUCAUGCUGGUGUGGAAAGAAUUCCUUGUGUUUACAUGGCACAUCAUUUGAAACUGAAUCUCUUACAUCAACCCUGGAUGGUGCAGGACACUGUAGCUGCUACUUUAGAUGGACUGCUGACCGGACUUGAGUGGCUUCUGGAAGAAGUGGACUGUAAAAAUGCCCUGUAAUAAAACUCUAUAGAGACUUUAAAAUAGUGCAAUUCAAAUAAAGUGAGAAUCUUGUCCUGACACAGCGUUGUCGAGUAAGAGAUUUAGAGGACAUGCAUAUAUUCUAUUGUACGUAUUUUCAUAAUUCUUCCAACUGCAGAUCUGAAUUAGGACAACGARCAGGAUUGCCUGGAUUCCAGCAGAUGAUGAAAAGGUCGUUUUUUUUGGAAGCUGUUGAAUUUUGAUCUCUUUUGAGUUGGGGCUUAUAUGAUGCAGUCUUUUCUCUGUCCAUCUUCUAUUCUGAUUUUGUAAAUAUACCURCUGCUGGGUUAAUUUAUGAGCACAGCACCAUGGCAUACAUCACAUCACAUCACAUUUACAAAAUAUAGUCAAUGGAGAACUUGACAGUGACAGUUCCCAACCAGAGAAAAUACACUGUAUCCUGUACUGUACUUUCAGCUCAUUAUCCUUUGUAGUAGGUAUAAAGGCAAUAUGUCUUUAAAAAUAAUAAAUUCCUCUAUAUUUUUUCAGGAGCAAUGGCUAGACAAAAAGCAGUGCUUGAAGAAGAAUUCUCCAGAACAAAAUUCUCAGAAACAAACCAACAAAAUAUCCCACAUGAAUCAUUUGUUUCUUGUUUAUUUGAACCACAAAAACUUCAGCAUCUUCUGCUUUCUGCUUCAGUGAAGUUGUUAGCUGGAACUAGACAUUGUUCUGUUAUGACAAACAAAUGUUAGAUAGAAUCAUUAGGAUUUUACAACAUCCAUUAGAUGCAUAGAUCCCAGGGAUCUUCUAGUUACUCGAAUAGUUGUGGCAUUUGCAGAUGUGAAAUGUGCCUGCUUGAAAUUUUCUACACAAAAUUAAUUUUAUAAAAAGAGCACUUUAGAGCUAGAAUUGUAUUUUCCAUAUUGAUGCCUUUUAGGAUAGUUCUGCUUCUAGUCUUCCAUGUUUUAAUUGUUGUUUUUCCAAUUUUUUAAUGUAUGUAUGGAAAUGCAAUGGUCUCGCAAACAGUUGUUUCUUGGUAUCUAGAUAAAUGGAUACCUGAUGUAUAUUCAGCUGUCAUGUAUGACUGUACAGUGUAGCAGUAAC